AUAAAAAUGAAAAUAAAAGGAACACUGAUUUUAUAAACUUUACCACUUACCUACCUGCUUCGGCUGAUUUCAUUUUACCCCGACAAAGACUGUCACCGCCGGGAACAAAACCCGGCGACCAUGACAGGGAUGCACCCAAAAGUAUAUCAGACUCGUAGCUCUACUGGCAACGAGAGAGUAAAAUACAUUGUUUGGACUAGUGAAAUGGACGAUUGCCUCACUGAGGUGCUUGCUGAGCAAGUGAAAAAGGGGAACAAAUUGGAUAAUAUGUUGAAGCCUGCAGCAUUAGAAGCUGCAGUGGAAGCAUUGAAUGAAAAUUUUGGCAUGUAUUUGUCAAAAGGACAUAUAAAGAAUCGGCUAAAAACAUGGAGGAAGCAGUUUGUGGUUUUGAAGGAGCUCCUUGCUCAUAGGGGAUUUGCGUGGAAUAAGACACAGAAGAUGGUUGUUGCAGAUGAUUCUGUUUGGAAUGAUUACAUCAAGGCGCACCCGGAUGCCAGGGCUUUCCGAGCAAAAUCCAUCGAAAACUAUGAUAAAUUAUGUAUUGUCCUUGGAAAUGAUGACACAGCGGCAAGCUUAUCUGAUAGUGUUACAGAAAUUGAUGUGAACUUCUCAGUUGACAAAGUUGAUCCAGAUCUUGUUAUUUUGUCAGAAAUACAAACUGAUGGAAACCUGCCCAAAAACCUCAGGUGGACAGAGGAGAUGGACCGUUGGCUCGGAAAGAUUCUUGUAGAACAAGUGAGGAAAGGCCUUAAAAUAGAUAAGGUUUUUCAGACUGAAGCGUAUGACUCAGCUGUUUCAGCCAUGAAUGCGAAAUUUGGGCUUCAUCUAACGAAAGGCAACAUUAAAAAUCGUCUUAAAACUUGGAAGAGACAGUAUGAGCUAUUGAAGGAAAUUCUGUCUCAUGAUGGAUUUAAAUGGGAUGAAGCAAAGAAAAUGAUCGCUGCAGAUGAUCCUACAUGGAAUGAGUACAUCCGGACACAUCCAGAUGCAAGGUCCUUUCGUGCUAGAGUUUUUGAGAACUAUGAACAGUUCUGCACUAUCUUUGGCCAUUUUACUGAGCAUUUGCAUUUUGAUGAGUCUGUGCAUUGUGAUGAGUCUGCUCCUUGUGAUGAGCCAAUGGAGGUUGCAAGUGUCUGUCCGGUUAGCUAUUAUAGUAAUGCUAAAGAUCCAGGGAAGCAAAUUAGGUGGACAAGUGACAUGGACAGCUGUCUAAGUGAAAUCCUUGUGGAGCAAAUUAAACUCGGCAACAGAAUUGACAACAAAUUAAAACCUUCUGCACUGGAAGCAGCUGUGUUGGCUAUUAAUGAAAAGUUUCAGCUUUAUUUGGUGAAAGAACAUGUUAAAAAUCGUCUGAAAACGUUGAAGAAACAGUAUGAUGUUCUGAAAGAACUUUUGGGCAAGAGUGGCUUUGAAUGGGAUGAGAAGCGAAAAAUGGUCAUUGCAGAUGACUCUGUAUGGAAUGAAUAUAUCAAGAUAAAUCCUGAUGCUCGGCUUCUUAAGGGACGAAUUAUCAGAAACUUGAAUGAAUUGUACAUAAUUAUCGGCCACGGUGAUCCACUGGAUAGUUCCAUGGAUGGUGCUCGUGCUAUCAUGUGUAUGACAGCAGAUGGUGUUGGGGAAGCUCAAGAGACAAAUAACCGUGGAACUUACAAUAGAACACCAAAAGGAAAGGAUGUGACAUGGACAGAUGAGAUGGAUCGUUGCUUGACAGAGCUGCUAGUCAAGCAAGUAAUGUUGGGAAACAAGCUCGAGAAAAAUUUCAAGACCUCUGCUUAUGUAGCUGUUCUAAUAGUUCUAAAUGAGAGAUUUGGCCUGAAUUUAACGAUAGAAAACGUUGUAAGCCGGUUGAAAACAUGGAAGAGACAGUAUGGACUUCUGAAGGAAAUGCUCUAUCAAGGGGGAUUUAAAUGGGAUGAGGAACGUAAGAUUGUUGUUGCAACUGACUCAAAAUGGAAUGAAUACAUUAAGAAACAUCCAGCUGCUAGGCAUUUGAAAGACAAACGUAUCGAGAACUACAAUGAAUUAGGCAUGAUUGUUGGCAAUGAUCUAGGUGGUGGAUAUUGGUUUGAAGAAGACUGUGAGAGGCUUGAUGUAAAUCUUCCUCCUAACUCAGAAGAGCAUGCAGAAACUCCAGCACUGUUGUUAGCCGAUGAAGAGAUGAGCCUUGACAAUGCAAGUGAUGAAGUGCAGGGUUCAUCUGAGUCUGAGCAGACAGUGGGGGCUAGGCCUUCAUCGUCAUCACUUUCAAAGCAGCCAUCCAAAAGAAGACGAACCGGUGAUGUGAUGCUGCAAAUGAUGAGUGUAAUGGCUGAGGAUAUCAGUCGGAUAGCUGAUGCAUUGACUGAGAGUAACAAGACGUCAUGCCUGGAAGAAGUGGUCAAAAAGGUGCAGAAUAUUCCUGACUUUGAUGAUGAUCUCAUCAUUGAAGCUUGUGAAUAUUUAUGUUUUGAUGAGAAAAGGGCAUUGAUGUUUCUGAAAUUAGAUGAGAGAUUAAGGAAAAAAUGGCUGUUGAGACGACUUCGUGGUUAAGGUAGAUCGUUGAAUUCUUUCAUUAGCAUGUUUUUAGUUGUGUACCCCAAGUUUAGGACAUGAGAGAAAUAUUAUGGAAUGACAAGCUCUUCAGCUGUUUCUGGUGUUCUCCUAUUCAUGUCUUUUCUCCUA